GCCUCUCUGGGCAUAUACAUGUAUGUAACGCCUGUUGAAGAUAUUUACAAGACAUGGAAGAAGAAGUAGACAACAAUCAGAAAGAGAAAGAGGAAUCAACGGGUUAUAGCAAAUAUGGAAUCGUAGAUAUCCCCAAAACAUCGAUCGCUACGUCGUGGGGCCAGACUAAGACAUUUGCUGGAUUAAGUCGUACGGAGCUGACCUUUCUCCUUGUUACCACAGUUAACAUAUUGACAGCGAUCGGAUUGACAUUGUACAGUUUCAUCACCGUCAUCAAAAAUGACCCAGAGGUUCCAGAUUUCACUUUUGCUCUUCUACUUUUAAUAAAUGCAGUGUUCUGCUUAUUCUAUGCGUUCCACGGCACGCUCCGGGAGAGGAUUUAUGAGUUGUAUGUCUUGAUCAUUGCUAUCGUUGUUAUCGUCCUCUACUGCACGGUCGAGUAUGGUGUGAAUGAAAAAGGGAGAAAAACAUUUAAAUUGGUGCGUAUGAUACUGACAUGUGUGUUGGCGCCUCCGAACAUAGUCCUAGCAUGGAGAGUAGCCAGUGACUUUGGUUACUUACAGUUUCGUAUUGUUGGAGCCUCAGAAUUCUUACAACAUCUGUAUGCCCAAGCAUCAAUAUUUUCCUGUGCAUUGAAAUUUGAUGUGCAAGUUACAGUGAGUAUGGUAGUACUUGUGUUGAGGAAAGGCACCAGUUUGAAUGUUCUAGAACAGGUUGUACUUGGGGUUGGAAUUCCAUACUCAAUUCUUUGGAAUAUCCUUGGUUCCCUUGUGCUUAAGAAAGAAUGGCGUUCAGGAGCAUUUAUCUUCGCUUUCCUUGGCCUGGCCAAGCCUGCCUACUAUAUCUACAAAGUGAUUCAGGAGUAUGUGAAUAUAGAUGAUAACAUAAGAGAGAGCCAAUUCAUUACCUACGCUGUACUUGUUGCAGGUAUACUGGCUUUACUAGUUUGGCUAAUACUGAUGAUUGAACUGUAUAUUGUGUGCAAGAACUUUGGCAAUGGACUUAAAGAGAUUGCAUUUGAAACGUCUACAGAAUCUACCAGUUUAAUCACGGGACGAAAACAGAGACACAGGAAUCCAGCAAUCUGAUCCAAGAAAACAGCAACCCAAGAUUCUGUUACUUCGAUCACAGAAAACAGCAACAUGCAAAGCAACCAAUCCAUUCAGAGGAUGAGAAUAGUGAAAUUUGAAUCCAUUUUAUAAUUUUAAACCAACCAGGUGAAUGUUGCUGUAUUAAUGAUGGCUGAUUGUGUGCUUACAUUGAUGUAACUGAAAUGACAACUGUGAUAAUUGUCUGUGAUAGCUUUGAUGAUGUCUGUGAAAAGUUCUAGCACACAUGUGCUACAGGAAAUGACAACUAGUUUGUACUCCAUGUGUAGUACAGGAGGAGACUAUAGGUUAGUGCUCUACUUGUCUUACAGGAGGAGACAUAGAGGUUUGUACUCCACCUGUCUUACAAGAGGAGACUUAGAGGUUUGUACUCCACCUGUCUUACAGGAGGAGACUUCGAAGGUUGUUCUCUACCUGUCUUACAGGAGGAGACUACGAAGGUUGUUCUCAACCUGUCUUACAGGAGGAGACUUAGAGGUUUGUACUCCACCUGUCUUACAGGAGGAGAC